AUGGUCCUUUGUAAUAUAAUACGUUCUGCGACCAGGCUGAGCCGUUCCAAUCUACCACAAUGCUGUCGAAGAGCUCUCUAUAGCACGGAGAACAACGCACGAUAUUAUACUAAGAAACACGAGUGGGUGUCAGUGGACUCUGGUGUCGGAACUAUAGGCAUAUCAAGCUAUGCACAGGACGCCUUAGGUGAAGUGGUAUUCGCACAGUUACCCGACGUCGGCCGGACGGUGACCGUGGGCGAGGAGUGUGGCGCCCUCGAGAGCGUCAAAGCAGCUAGUGAAAUAUACUCUCCUGUAUCAGGAACUGUUACAGCUAAGAACGAUGCAGUAGAAUCAACGCCGUCUCUUAUUAACAAAUCUUGUCUUGAAGAGGGAUGGCUUUUUAAAGUGAAGCUUUCAUCACCCGAUGACGUACAGAAGCUCAUGGACCAGGCUACCUACGACAAAUAUCUUGAGGAGUCUCAC